UCCAGUGUCCUCAGGAGGCUGAUUGCUGUAACGGAUCGUGUGUGUGACCGUGAUGAUAACAUGGUCAGUCCACUGUACGUAGCCAUCCACAACCAUCAGGACAAGUGUGUGGAGCUGCUCUUAAGGGAAGGUUAUAGUCCAAAUGCCCAAGACUGCACACGAAGCCUGGGCCUCUCUUCCCCACUCUCCUUCGCCUUGUGCCAUUCAUCCACCAAACCAUACAGUGAAUCUGUGAGGCUGCUGGUAGCUGCUGGAGUCCGUUUGGUUGAGGAGACCUGGAUUCAUGCCUUGGCCACAGAUAAAACAGACCUGCUGGAGCUGAUUCUGGAGCACAGAUUGAUCCCUCGACCCGACACUUUGACCCAGUGCUGUUCUGUAUCGCAUCAUCCUGGGAAAACUGUGUUAACGCUGCAGGAACUGAAGGAGCUGCUCUGUGUGGCACUCAGCCAAGUGCGUUUUGCUGCCUGCUGGCUUCCUCUGCUUCUGAAGGCAGGAUUGGAGCCUUCUCUACUACUUCAACCACACAUGUUGGAACAUGCAGACACUGAGGCGUUGAACUACUUCCUGCAGUUUAUCAACUGGUCAACUUUGUCUGCUCCUUUAAAACAAAUCCUGAUUCAAAGAAAAGCUGGAAAGACCUGGGAACCAUGUGCAGAUUUUGAUUCCAUUCCCCAUCUUUCUCAUAUCUGCCGGCUGAAGGUCAGGGCAGUGCUAGGACCAGAUCGACUGAUGAGGACCAGUGCAGUCGAGCAACUCCCCGUUCCCUCCCUUCUUCACAGCUUCCUUCAAUUUAGGGACGUCCAAGAGGCUUCCUUCUCACAUCUGCCUCCAUCACCACUUUUAGAUCGAAUAUGGGUUUUCCACGGUGCACACCAACAUAGACAUGUUCUAUAACCCCCAGUUUUUACCUGAAUGUUGCUUCAAGGUUGUCAAAAUCAUCUGAUUUUUGGCACCGUUUCAUACACAGUCACAUACAAAGUGUUUUAGGUAAAAUUAUUUUGAGGUAACUAUGUUUUCUUUUGAACCGAUGCAGUGGUUAUAAAUGUUAAAGACUGAAAUAAAUACUUUGUCC